AUGCAGCGAGUUAAGGCCCCUGCGUGUGAGAAAGAGCAUAUUUUCUCCUACCCGUCCCUUAUAGCUAUGAUAAUUUCGAAGGACAUUGUGCAUGUGGCUGCAAAUGUAUUGAAGCUAAACAUUGCCACACUAGGACCUAUGGUCUUGCCAUUUUCAGAACAACUAAGGUAUGCGGUUUCAUUGAUUUUGCAGAAGAUGAGAAUUGCUACCAGGACAAGCCUAUAUACUCCAGAUUUUAAGAGAGCCUUUAAGCAUUUCAUCAUGCAUACAGGAGGAAAAGCUGUCAUUCAAGCAAUCAAAAGAAACCUAGCAUUGUUGAAAGAAGAUGCCGAGCCCUCUAUGAUGACUCUUCACAGAUUAGGAAAUACUUCAUCUUCUUCUAUUUUCGAGCUAGGUUAUAUAGAAGCAAAAGGAAAGAUGAAAAGGGGUGUUUGUGUUUGGCAGAUUGCCUUCGGAAGUGGGUUCAAGUGUAAUAGUGCAGUAUGGAAAUGCAUUUACAAUGAAGGAGCUGAUAUAGCAAAUAUCUGGGAAGAUGAAAUCCAUAGAUAUCCAGUAGAAAUACCAGAUAUCAUGAAAAUCAACUGA